AUGCUGCCCAAAACCCCCAGAGUUCACAAAAAAAUUUCUCCAGUUAAAAUUGUUAUUAUUGUAGCCGUUAUUGCAGUUGUUGCAGUUGUGCUAGUAACAAUCAUCUUCAUGUCCUACAAGAAGAUUUACAAACCUGAGCCCAAAAAGGAAGGAACAGCUACCUCUUUACCUUCAGCAGAUGUAAUUAUAGAGGGGAAAGCUGGUGCUCAACAAAUGCAGGUUCAUUUAGGUUUAUCCUCAAACGUGCAAGUGGCGCCUUUUAUAGCAGAAGCAGAAACAGGAAGAAUUGUAGAGAUGCACGCAGGUCUCUCCUCCAACCACCAACUGUUCCUCGAGCCCAGAGAAAUUUAUACAAACCUCUCGUUUGAUGAUAUAUUUUAUAUUAAAAGGCAUUGCCGUGAGUCUCGUCCAAGUGGUGAAGGAAGCUUUGCACGAGUUUAUAAGAUGAACUUCCACGGUAUAGAUUUGGCUAUAAAGGAAAUAGAACAUAAAUCCCCUCACACCAAAAGAUGGGUGGAGAAUGAAGUUACUCUUCUACUGGGAAAGGAGCACAUAAACAUUAACAAGCUGUGUGCUUGGUGUAUAGAAUCAAGCAUAUCCUACUUGGCCUACAUGUAUAUAGAUGGAUGUUCUCUCGAUGCUUACUUGAGAGGAAAUUGUACAGGGUUUUCCUACAGCUGGAAACAGAGCUUCAGCAUGAUAAUGGGCAUAGCCAAGGGAAUUGAAUUCUUGCACUGGAAUAAAAUCAUUCACGUUGAUAUCAAACCUCAGAAUAUUAUGGUGGAUGCUAAUGAUAAUGAGGCAAAGAUUGUUGAUUUUGGGCUUUCCAAGCAUGUAGAUUGGGAAGGCACACACAGGACAACUGGUAUGGUAGUUGGUACUAGAGGGUAUUGGGCUCCAGAGUAUUGUUGGAAUAACAAGAUCUCUUAUAAACAUGAUGUUUUCAGUUUUGGAAUUGUUGUGUUAGAGGUGAUAACUGGGCAGAGGCAUGUUGAUGAAGCACGAGGCUCCAGUCAGUUCCAUAUUCCAGGAUAUGUAAGGCACAUGAUAGAGAAUGACCGUUUUGAAGAAGCUGUAGACUUAAAACUUAAAAAGGAUGGGUGGGACAUCUUUGCUGUAGAAGAAGCUCUCGCUGUUGCAAACAUAGCCCUCAGAUGUGCUCACUCAGAGAAGGUCGAGCGACCUGACAUGAAUCUUGUGGUCACACAACUCACUUCUACGAUGAGCAGUGGCGACAAUAGCAUCAGUAGUGGACAAAGAGAAGAAGACAUUGUACCUAUCGAAGAUGUUACAUCUUCACAAAUUUGA